GCGGCCUGUCGCAAAGAGGAUGGCGGCGCCCGUCUACCCGGCCUGGGUCACCCGCUGGGUCUCCGGACAGUGGCGGCAGAAGAAGCGGCCCCCGGCGAUCCGCCCGACCCGGCCGCUGGUGUUGGCCAACAAGGUGGCGAACCGCAGGGAGCAGGCGGGAGAGGCAACAUGCAUUACGGAGAUGUCGGUAAUGAUGGCCUGCUGGAAACAGAAUGACUUCAGCGAUACAGCUUGCGCUGAGGAGAUCCGGAUGUUCUAUGACUGCGUGGCAAAGGCAGAAAAGGAGCGCAAGGAUCAAAAUGCGGAGACCCUGUCACCCAGGGGAAGCUUAACUUCAAGCAAAGUGAAUAAGCUCCUGAGGAGGUUUCCUCAGAUCACACAUUAUGUAUAAUGUGCUUUACUAAAGGGACUGCGGACAAGCAAUUAAAGUUGGAGUCUUUCGCAAAAAAGUGAAAA